CAGUUUUUAUCAAUUCCAGUAUAAUUAAACUUAUUAUAGGAACUCUAGCCUUUACUACACCUAUUGUAGACCUGGCCCAAGAGAAUCACGCCAAUCGGAUUCACGAAUUUUACAACAGCUGCAAAGCAGCUAUUUCUGCUCAACGCAGCCUAUGUAUACGUCGUUGUCUCUUCAUAGCAAACAUAACAAACCAACCGGCUGUUGAAAUUGUAAUUUAUCGAUAACUGAAUUAAUAAUAUACAAUAGACAUUUGAAAAGAAGGAGGAGGAGACCGUGUUCUUCGUUACGUAUUGAAAGUUCCAUCGAACUCGAUGAGUAAGAGUUAAAGGUUAUGGAAGGCAAUGAAAAUGAAGUCGAAGAGCAGAUGCAAGUGGAAGAGCAAAAUGCGGAAGAUGAAAACGUUGUUCCCAAUAACGAGCGGAACGACGGAGAGAGUAAUAUUCCAACUGAAAAUUCAGAGCAAACAAAUACAGCAAGCUUGGAUGUCUCGAGCGUAGACUUGGAUCAGGCAUGUCCGAUAUGCAUGGAUCAGUGGACCAGCUCGGGAGAACACCGUUUGUGCUGCUUACGCUGCGGACAUUUGUUCGGACACAGUUGCAUUCUAAGGUGGCUACAGUACUCUUGCAACAGUACAAAUCGCCGUUGUCCGCAAUGCAACAAGAAAGCUGCCGUGAAACAUAUCAGGAUGCUCUAUGCAAGAAAACUAACGGCCAUCGAUUCAACCGAUUACGAAAAUCUAAAGAAGGAUCUGAACAAUGUGUCGGCCGAAAAGAACCACUUGCGGAUGGAAUUAACGCAGACCAGCAUUCGUUUAAAAAUGUACGAGGAGCAAGUGAAUUGUAUGAAGAGGCGUAUCACCGAAUUGGAAAGUCAAAGAUCAAGAGUCAACAGCGGCCAGAGUGCUUCGAGUCUCCCUACUUCGAGAAAGUUUCAUUUAGAACAAUCUAUAGAGAUCUGCAAGGAGAGUGGCUGUCGUGUCUUGGAUUACAAUCCAUGGUACAAAUUCCUGGCUGUUUCCCAGAAAUCAACAAACACCCUGUUCAGUGGGUAUGGCAUAAGGAAGAUGGAUUGCGAGUGGUUCAAUUUACGGCAAUUUAUUUUCUUACACACUCACGCUAUAAGAGACGUCACUUUUCAUUCCACGCAACAGACCAUUCUCCUCAGCGUUGGCUUCGAUAAAUGCGCAAAGCUGAUGGACAUUCAAAAUAAUAUGAUAGUGCACACCUACCCGACGGAAUGUCCACUUUGGAGUUGCUGUUGGUCGGGUGACAAUCCAAAUAUUUUUCUAGCUGGCGCGCAAAAUGGAACCAUCAGUCAGUUCGAUAUUAGACAAACUUCUUCCGCUGUUGGUGUCCUGGAAGGUAAUGGCGAUAAGUCGCCAGUUGUCUCAAUGGCAACAGUGUCGCCGAAUCCUGGCAGUGGUAUCAGUAGAGGUGGAUUUAUAGCAUGUCGCUUGAACACGUGUUAUACCUACGAAAUUAAGGACACCUUCUAUGUAGCCAAGCAGAUGUUCUUGGAAGGUCCUUUUGUCUCAGUGCGCUAUGAUGAAAAGAAUCAUCAUUGUCUUGUAUCAUCUCGUCCUAAUUCUAGGCAACCACACGCAAGACACGUAGUAUGCACUAUUGAAAAGAACACGUCUAACGAAGAGAUUGUUACAUAUAAUGCUGUGCAUACAUUCCAGGCCGGUAGUUCUCAACAACUUUUAUCUCGACCAUGUUAUUUAUCUGCGCAAGACGACACAUUAGUCGCAGCAUAUGUAGAAUCGAGUAGCGGCGUAUCGUUAUGGAGCGUAGCAAGCGGCCAAAAGUUGCAUAAUCUUCCAGUAUCGGAUCCCGUUAUGGAUCUGUGCUCAUUCAAUAUCAACCAUGAUUUAUUCUUAACAAGUCUCUCUGCAAAGAAACUUAGACUAUAUAAGUAUGGACAAUUAACAUGAACGUAAAGUACAAAAUGAUGUACACUUUGCCUCGCCAUUUGCUGCGCUUGAUACAUGGUGCAAGAUGCAAUCUUGUGAUACGAUAUUUUUAUAUAUGACAGACUGACUCUCUUAAGACGGUUUCUUUGUAUAGUGUCAUAUAUAUAUAUACAUAUAUAAAUUUUGAGAGAUGUAAGGAGAAAUAUAUACAUAUGUCUGAAAUUUACUUGCAAUAAUUUUUUAUUAUUCUUGUAUUUGUUCUUUUGUUGUUUGUACGUAGACUUCUAUAGAUAUUACUCAUAGUUUGGACAUAGUUUUAUGAAACUAUGUUCAGGAAAACAAUUCAGAUACUAUUAAUUAUGCAGAAUGAUUUAAAAAUUAUUUCGACUUGUGUCAUAACUUUAUUAUAUACUAUGAUCUUGUUAUUGACUUUUCAAACUUUUAUCAAGUAUGUGUGAUUGAUUUGUAUAGUAAAAUAUUUAUAUGUAUUACAAUAUUCUCUGUGUGUGUGUGUGUAUAUAUAUAUAUGUGUGU